AUUAACUUACAGCAUGAAAACUAUCAAAUUGUUGUUAUAUUUAAGAUAGUUAUAUAUAAACAUUUAAAUAUAUAAGUAACUUUAAAAAUAUAUUCUAAUUAUGUAAUAUAUAUAUAUAUAUAUAUAAACAUGAAAAUUAAUACCCGCACGGUUGUGCGGGUCUAAAUCUAGUUAUUCUUAAGGGGAAGAGUUGCAAACCCACAAUUGAACAUUUUUUGGAUUUUCAAAUAAGGCUUAAAACAUAGUUCUGUUUAUAUGGUCACACAAAUGUAAUUAGAUUGAGAGAUAAAUUUAAAACUCGGAUUGCUUAGCUUUCUAAAAGCGUGUUUUACCACUCGAUGACAUUCGCAUGGUUCAAUAUAAAAAAAACAUAUUUUAGAAGUUAAAAUAAAAAGUUUCUGAAAAUUAUUUAUAUUAUGUAAUAAAAGAAUCAUUUCGUUAAAAUUGUAUUUUUAGUUACUGCAAUUUCACCAAGUUUAGAACACUAACAAAACAAGUUUCAUAGAAAUUUUUUCUUAAAAAAAGAAGUUUCGUAGAGAUUGGAUAUCCUUACGGAAUGCAACAUGCUGCUAUGAAACACUCUAAACAAUAAAGAUAUACUAUAUGCGAACGCAACACAAUAGUUAUGGCACAAAAUCUAACAAUGUAGGCUUUAAGCAAUCACCGCCAACUCUCUGUUCAAAAACUUCCAUCGUCCUCAAAAACAAAGUCUUAUUAGAUAAAAAUGAUGUGUCUUAACGAAAUCCACCUCGAAUAUAAAAGCCACCACCUCCCACUAGCAGAGAAACCAGUGAGCAAACUGCCUAACUAAUACCCGCGGAGCCAGAAACUACACCACGGAAAAGACACCAGAAGAAAACAAAAAUCUAUGAGAAAGUGAUAACCGGAACCGUUCUUAUAGCCAUCAGGACCACAAAUAGCACCGAUGUGUACCUAAACAUAAGUUUUCACAGGUAAAAAUUAAGAAAAAUUCACCGGUAAAAAUAUCUCGAACUCAUUUCUAUAUAAAUAUAUAUAUUUAAUAUUAUUAUUUAAAAUCAAGUAUAUUCUAUAUUGGAUUUAAAUGAUUGGAGAUGGUCUCUUUUUUUCACAAAAAAUAGUAAUUUUAUUACAAAAAAUAGUAAUUUUACUACCCAAACUUUAAACCAUAUCAUAUAAUAUAACAAUCAAUAAAACAAACCCCUAUAUGAAAAAUAUAGACAUUUUUGCUAUAGAUUCUAUUGUUGAAUUAUUCGCCCAAAAAAAUGUAAAUGAUAAAAAAUUCUGAAAAUUUCCUUUUAGUUUAUCAAUUUCCAUUAGUUCUAUUGAGAAGUUUACCAUCUAUUUGGAUCUUUUUUUUUUUGAAAAAAAUCUAUCUAUUUGGAUCUUAAAUUAUUGAUAUCAAUUCUCGAAAGUUUUUUCCAAAUUAUUCAGCAUCACCCAUAAAAAUAUUUUGACUUCUACAUUUAAAAGUAUAUAUUAAUCGUCUAUAUUGAUUUUUAGUUCCUAAAAACUAUAUUUUCCAGUAUAACUAUUAUAUAUCCAUCCAUAUCCAUAAAAAGACGUAUCAUGACAAAAAAAAGAUGUAUCAUAUUUAUAAUAAGAAUAACAAAAAUAUUCAACAAUAGUCAUAAUUUUUUUGUCGGUUAAAGUAAAUUUUUAUAAUAACCUUUAUUUGAAAAGCUAGUUAGAAUAUUUCCAACAUCAUUUUUUACUGCAAAUGAGGUGGAAAAUAGAGUAGGAAUGAAAUAAUGAACAAAUAAAAAAUUAUUAUUCUAUUUAUAAAGUAAUCAUUUUUUUUGUUCACUAUUCUAUUUUUUACUCUCACUACAAAAAAAUAAUUAUAUUGUGACCAAAUUAUUUGUCACAAUAAAACACAAGUCGUCACAAUAAAAAUAUUGUGACAUAUUUGUGACAAUUUCAUAGUGGUUACAAUACAGUCGUCACAAAUUUUGUUGGUAACAAAAACCGUUACAAUGUUAUGACCAUUACAUAUAGUAACUAUUCCGUCACAAAUAGUAACCAUAUAUAAAAGUAAUAAAAAUGUUACAAUUACCAACUACAAUUAACAUAACAAAUUUGUCACAUUUUGUGACUAUCACAACGUGCUAAUUUCGUCUCUGAUUACCACUGAAAUAUAGUCUCUAACUGUCACAAACUAAUAGUAAAGAAUCAUCACUAAUCCAUCUUCAUUUGCGACUAUUUUAGUUGCUUUAAUUUUGUAAUACUUUAUAACUAAUAUAUAGUCACAGAUUCAAAUUAAAUUUGUUAUACCCCAUCGAUAUACUAUGGACUUAAUUAGUUAACAAUUUGUCAUCACGAUAAAUUCAGAAUUCACUGAACUAUUGGCUAUUGCUUUAUUUUUAUAGUUAAUAUUUGUAAUAAUAGUGAAAGAAUACAAAAGUAACUAGUAUUUGAAACUAAAUUAGUAUAAACAACUUUAAAAGAAUAUUAUAAUAUCGACAAAAAAUUAUAAUAUAUGCUACUACAUUCAGCUUCCCGUAAUGGGCUGCGGUCGAGAGAAAACAGUUAGGGUUUCCUGAAUUUUUAUCUUCGGUUGAUUCUUGCACAGGAAUCGAAAGUUAUGGCGGCUAAGGCAUACAAACUCUUGCAAUGACACAACUCCAUGAUGUGUUCUCGAUUGGUGUCCAUCUCAAAACAAUGGUUUUCUCACCAAUGGUUCAAAUAUUCUUUGCCUCUGUCUGACCUCCAGCUGAUUGCCCAGUUCUUUCAAGAUCUGUCUCUUCCUCUCCUUAUUAAAAACCCAACGGCGAGACACACAUACCACCACAAAACCAGAAACGAGGGUGCUCAACAUCGGAAACGCAUAUCUCUCACUUUUUUUCUAUUUCUCAUUCUCUCUAAGGUGAUGGCUGCGGCUAUUCUUUUGAAAGAUAUAUAUAUAUAUUUACAUAUGCACACACCGACACACGUAUCCUCAUUAUUGAUUAGGGUUAUAGGUUAAUGGGCUGUAAUUAGUUUUGAGUUCGGCGUAAUGGAUCGAUCAUACAUAGCAUCAUUUAUUUUAAAUAUGUUUCAGCUUUGAAGAUCUUAUUUUCUAUCUCUUUUCAUUUUGAUCGAUAUCUAAUAAGAAAAGUGUAUGCUUUUCAUAUCAUUUUAAACACACAUCUAAAAAAUAGUGACAUCUAAAAUAGAUAGUAAAUAACCAUAUUUUAAAUAAGUAUGAAAUGAAGUAAGUUUAAAAAUAUUCAAGUAUAUAAAAAUAUAUACAUAUCAAGUAAAAAGUAUCAAAAAAAAUAUAUUUUUUAAAAAUCACUGACUUAAUAAAAAUAUAAUUAAAUCAAACUAGAAAUGUUUUUGUAAAAGGAAGAUAAAAAACAUUUGUAAAUCGAUUUAAUAAUAUGACGGAUUUGUUAUAUUUUUCUGUUACAUUUUAUUACUAUUUCUUUUGUCAUCAUAUUGUCACAUAGUGAGACUAUGUAUUCCAUCACAGGUUCGUAACUGAUUUGCGACGAUGUGUAUUGUCAUAAUAUUGUCACAAUUGUUACGACUGUUAGUUUUGUCUCAAUUUUGUCACUGGCUGUGACAAAAGUAGAUACGAUUUAAAAUCGUCAGAAUACUGCGACGAAAAAGCUACUCAUUUGUGACAAAAAACUUAAAUCACAAUAACGUAUUUAAAAAGUAACAAAUUUGUGACAAAUAAUUUUUGUAUCAAAAUUUCGUCACAAUAAGAUCAUUUUCUUGUAGUGUCUAUUUUGCAGUAAGUAUUGAUUGAGGUUGGAAAUGAUCUACUGGAUUUCAUAAUCCAUUUUUUCUCUAACGCUUUUAUUGAGUGCUCAAUUUUAAAUAUAUACGUAUGUCACAUAUUUGACAUUAACUGUUAAUUUCAAGACGAUACCAUUUUUUUUUAAAGAAGAAAAAUCCAGUUUUGAUAAGCGACCUAAUGAUGUUAAUUUGUGGUUCUUUGCUUUGUGCGGUUAGGUUCUAUUGACAAAACAGCAAAGCGUGUACAUAGUAAAGCAGAGGAGGGCUAAACAAACAAGAUCUGAUCUCUGAUCCUAAAACAUUAUUAGUUUAGAUCUGAAACUUCUUGGUUAAACAAGAUAUAGAAGUCUAGAGAGUCAAGACUUGAGAGUAAAUUAGAUUAGGGUUCGACAUUAUAGAACGUGCAUGUACUCUUUAGAUAUGGUGUCUAGUUUGACAUUUUAUUUAACAUGUUUGCAUGACUUGGAAAAGUCGAUGUGAAAAAAGAGGAGAAUCUCUUUUUAGAAAAAUUAAAUGCGUUUGAUUGAAAACGAUGGUUGCUCCAGUACUUAGUAGUUAAUUAGUAGGAGGAAGCAUUCAAGUAUGGGUUCCAUUUUCACAUUUCACUUGCUUCUAAGUAAUUUUUCCACCAAAAGUAAUUACAUUUUGCAUGUGCUUUGUUUGAAAGACUACUUCGAUAUCCUCUCCACAUAAUAACGCACAUAUACUAUAGUUGUAUAUAUGAGAGCUCUUCAAAAUGGUUAAAAUUGAUUGGGAAGAACAUGACUUGGAUGUGUUACAAAAAAAAAAAGAGCAUUUUACGAAGUCUGAAUCGAUCAUGUAGUUCUAACGAUAAUAAUGUGGUAAGUUGCAAUUUGCAAAAUACAAAGAAAAAGAUGUCAAACCACUUGUGCGUUAAUAAUUUGGAACACUAUAAGGGAGAAGACAUAAAAUGGAGUGCCAAAUAGGAGUACCACUACCAUGUAUGUUUCUGCAUUAAUACUGUGCCCAUACUCACAUUUAAUUAGGAGUAUGCUGAUUUUGCGCAUGAAUUAUCAAACGUGACAGAACGGUAUAGAAACAUGUUAGAAAAGCACGAAGCCUGAAAAACUGCAAAAGUUUACAAAAAAAACUGAUAACUACAAUUCUUGGCAUUUAUUGUCCUUUAUUUUUGUAAAUAGGUCUUAGAUAAGUAAUAAUUUUCUUUUCUUUUUGACGAAGAUAUGUUCGCUGAAUUGUUGUGCUAAUGCCGUCGUUCAUGAUCGUCUUUCAUGCAUAUGGAGUAACUGAACAUGACACUGAUUCAAAAAAAAAAAUUGCUUACGAAGUUUUAGAAUAAUAGUUUUUUACUACAUUAAGUACACUUUAAUAAAAAAGGAACACAGUCUACAAAUAGUUUGAGAUGACAUUGUCUAUUAUCAUCUAACCUUUAUUCUGCAUAAUUGAUUUAUCAAAAAUAAUUAUAAUUUAUUGCCUCUAUAUUUGGAUUUGGCGAUGAUAAACCCAUGCCCUAAACUUACAACGGACCAGUAAGCGGUCACAAAUCUAUCGGAAAAUUUCGUCCCUAUAGCAGAAUGUUUGGGUUUCCUCUUUAUUUAUUAUUGUAUUCAAUGAUAACUGGUCGGUUUACUGUUACCAUAAAUGUGUCCACAGGCUCACUUAAUGAGGGGUGAUGCUUAUGAAUCUUCAAAUCAAAGACAUAAUGAAGAACCUUUUUCAUAGUGAAACGAGAUAAAGAUCGAGGAACAUGCAUGAUUUCCACAUAAUUACCUAAUUAUUUUUCAGCUAAAGUAUUUCUUUUAAUAUGUAACAUGCUUCCUUUAUUUUUAGUGCACCGUAGCUUGUAUAUAAAAUUUUAUCCACACAAAUUCCUUUUGCUCCUUUUAUCAAACGUCGCUAUUUGUAUCAGUCUACCUAUUUGCUUUCAUAUUGUAUCUCCCGCAGACAAACAAAAACUUUUUUUUUGACAAAGAUAGAACAUGAAGAUCAAGAGUUUGAUGUUGGCUUCCUCUUUUCUGAUUCUUGCCUUCAUUCAUCACUCAGAAUCAGCUUCAUUUCGGAGUUUGCUGAUGAAGAAUGUAUUGUACGAACAAGAAGAAGCAAAAAUUCUAUUGGGCGACUCCAAAGAAACGAUAACUAAUUCUACAGCUUUGGAGUCUAAACGGAUAAUUCCGACGGGUCCAAAUCCACUUCACAACAGGUAAAUUUGAUCAUUUAAGAACAAGAUAUGUUGUGAGUAUGUCUCUUCCUCCUCUGUUUUUGUUACAAGUAUCUAUCUUACUGUGUAAUGUAAUGGUGAAUGUAUAAGACAUUUUCUAAUUAAAUUACCUUAUUUAUUCCUAA